AGAGAACAUGAUUUUGUAGAAUCUGAAAUGGAAAGCGAAGCUGAUGAAAUUUUGAGGAAGCGUAUUAAGCUUGGUAUGGAAGAGAAAGAACAGGAGGUGACAGAUGCGGCAGCUCUAGAGAUUGUAGAAAAGGAUGAGACUGAGAUACACACUGUGGGAUCUGAAGAGGUGGAGCUUAAUAUUGCUCACAUUUUUGAGAAGAUUGAACACUUCACUCAAAUGGUGUCUGAGCUACUAGAAUCAGGAAAGGCUAUGUUUAAGGAGAUGAGUAAUGAAUUUGAAGAGCGACUGAUCAUGCUGCAUAAGGAACACAUGGAGAAAUGGCAGGAGGAGAUCAAAGAGUUACGGAUGCUUGAUGCCUCAAAUGAGGAGGCCAGUGCUGUCUUGCACAACGCUAGAUUUUUACUUCAGAACCCUUCCAUUGAUUCCUGAAGGUGAGAAGAAUGAGAUUAGCUUGGCGUCAAAUGGAUGGGGCGUGUCUCCUUAAUGUUGGUUGUUCACAAACUGGAUAUAAUAUUUGAUUCUUAGGAUCACCUCUGUUGCUGCAAAAGCUGUUACGAGAUUUCCCUGAUUUAAAACAGGCAAAAGAAAUGAUAAAAGUAGCAUAGUUCCUCGUUACAAUAUAAGUAUAAUAAACAGUAUAUUUGUCAGUUCACUGUUGUCUAAGAGCAGGAAAAUCACGAUUUCUAUGGUAUCGUUGGUAUCCGUUAUCAUUGUUAGCCAAGAGAUUGGCACUAGAUGUUCCUUUACUUUAGUCAAUCCGAGCAUAUAGUUAACUACUGCAAUUGCAAUUGCAAGUUGCGUUUUCAAAUUA